CUUUAGCGGAGUGUCGUUUUAAGUUUAGUCCAGUGGCGCUUAGAUUUUUUCGUCUUAAUCAGAUUUUGAAGUAUCCCCACACCCCUUACGGUGUCCGUAGCAUUUAUUUUAUAUUUUAUAUCCUUGAUCACAAAUCUUAUUAAUAUUUAUACAUUUAAUUGUCUCAAGUUUGAAACUCAAUUCUGCAUUAAAUACACAGGUCGUAUGUAGGAAAAUUAAAGUCGCGCUAAAACCAACAGAAGACGUCAAACACAGCAGACCACAAUCGACAAAUUCAGUGCCGAGAGAACUUCAAAUUUCUAGCAAAAGCAUACAAAUUUUGGGGUAGGCACUUAUAAAAUAUUUGAAGCAAGAUUAAUUAAUUCAUAGGAAAUUUGACGGUUGAAGACGAUGUUCUGAGUGAGAAAAUAUUAAUAAAUGGUGAAUAGGUACGGAUUUGGAAGGAGAUGGAUGUCACCUGUUUCAAGGUACUGUGCCAGAAUUUGCAUGGAGGGAUUAACGAAGUCCAUACAAAGUGAAUUGCGAGAACUGAAAACCCAUUCGUGAUUCGAACCUGUGAUCUCCCGAAUGACAUCAAAUACCAGCCUGUUCCAGAGAUCUACCAGGAAUAGAUAAUGUGGUUUUGGAAGAUAUCGCAUAAAGAAGAACUUGAUGAUUUAAACAUGUAGCGCAGGAUGAUAUGCGGCACGAACAAACUAGUGCGCUGCUGUCUCAUUGCAUUCUCCCUGUUCCAUGUUACCAGCGCCUGGAAAUCGGACCGCAGACCCCAAGUGUAUGGAGACAAAAUACCGCGAAGGGUACUCGAACCAACGCACAAGCGGGUGCAGAGGAACAUCGUGCUGUACCACAACUUCUUUCGGACACGCGUCACUCCCCCUGCAGCAGACAUGCUCAGCAUGAGUUGGAACAAAGAUGCUGCCCGAUCUGCCCAACGCUGGGCAGAAAAGUGUAUGCUGCUGACACAUGACAACGUGACUGGACGAUGGGUGGACAAUUUUGGUUCCUGUGGACAGAACAUUUUUGUGUCCACACACCAGGUGCCCUGGUACUUCGCUAUCAAAACAUGGUUCUUGGAGAGGCAUGACUUCACAUACGGCUCUUCACGAAAUGACCUGUUUAGGGUGGGCCAUUACACGCAGCUAGUGUGGGCUACCACACACAAAGUGGGCUGUGGCUUCCAGAAGUGUGAACGUGGAGGUAUUAAAGGCAAGCCCUAUUACAACUAUGUCUGCAAUUAUUGUCCCAUAGGGAAUUUCAUGGACCGGCUAGGGCGACCUUACAAGAAGGGGGCUCCAUGCUCACAAUGCUCCAAACACUGUCGCCUGAAGAAGCUGUGCAUGAACUCAUGUCCCUCAGCAGACUUGUGGGCCAACUGCCAAGAACUCAACAACACAUGGCAUGACUGGCUGUGCCAGAAUUAUUCUCACGAGGGUCGUGAUCGCCACCGCCACUGUUCAGCCACCUGUAACUGCCAUGACAGGAUCAUCUAACAUUUAUUGUUUUCAGAGAAAAAAGGAACCUAAAACACCAAACACAGUUUUAUUUAAUUGUACAUGAUGUUCAGUGCUUCUUGUAUGGGUUUUGGUCCUUAGAUUUGUCUGAACAAUAUUCCAUAUUCCUCCACAAACUCAGCAGUGAUUGUAUCAUAUUCUUCAGUUCCUUGUCCCACAUGAGCAGCUGACAGGAUACACAUCUAGCCAUUUCUUUUUCACUUUUUGUCUCCCCACCUUGCUUAACAGAAACAUCUGUUUGCCAGAGUAAAAACUUGGUGCAGAGCGUUAGCAGAUGCCAUGAUCGCUGCUCAAUAGAGCAGCUGUCGGCAUGGUUUCGUUCUCACUUGCUUAGUUAGUGAAACAGCUAGGUUAGUGUUCGAUAAAUUCCAACCGGGAGAGAAGCGCAAUGCUGACUUGUGCUAUGAUGUGAAAUGUGGAAAAAAAUCUGAUAGAAAUGUGGUCAGU